AUGAAUGCCAGUAUUACCGUCCCUGAAACUACUUUCUAUCGCACCUGCACAGACGACAGCCUUGAGCUCUGUCGGCCUCUCAGCGAAAGAAAUUCUGGAGUGAUAGAUGCUGGUCUACGGACCUGUCGGUCUGAGAGAGAACUCUUUACAGCUGCGGUGAAUACUACUCAGGGUGAUAAAUGCCUGUCUUUUGAGGAUUUGGGUACCCUUCCGCAAGGUGAAUGGUCCAGGAUUCGGAUCCCUGAGGCCUACCAGGCCUAUCCGAUGGACCUGGAUCUUAGAACUGUCGUGUUGGCCUAUACCUACGGAUUGGAAAUGAACGUUGUAAGUCUAUUAUUGGCUCUCUUUUGAUCUUCAGAGAAAUCUUGCUUUAUUAAUGUCUGAUCGUAAACCGAUGAUAUUUUGCUCAGCCGGAGAUUGUCACUCAGUCUCUCUUUUCCUUGUCGUCAUUUCCUUUAACGGCCUGUACGAGGUUUAGAUUAAGGUCCAGGGCGCUGUAGUACAACAUAUUCCGUGAUCUGUCCUCCAGUCGAUCUUUAGGCAAAAUAUACGAGUAGAAUAGCACUACCAACAAAGGCGAUGGAGACUGAAGUGGUCAUUUUUGGUUUGUUGGUCAUCAUCAGUCAGCCAUUCCCAACCCCGUAGUGUGGAACACCCGAGUCUCGAACUCGCGACCUGUUGGUUAGAAGAUCAACGCCGCCUUCUAUUGUUCCACAAGCUCACCGUCCUGUCGAUUGUUGGCGUAACUAGGGAGAGAACACUCAGUCACGACGCAACGAGUGGUUACCUCAGCACAAUCGGUGCGCUCCCGCCUACACUAUGUAUACAUAUGUACCCUCAUAUAUGUGUAUAUAUAAGCACCGACGAGUUCACUGACGGACGCACCGACGACCCGUCUACCACCUAGGCCCAACCCCUUGUUUUCAAAACCUGGUGCCUAAGCCCAAGUUCUUUUGCCGUCGACUGUUGAUUGAUCGAUGUUAUAACACUGAACAACGAGCUUUUUGUUAUAACGGUUUUCGAAACUAAUCUUCCCGGAAUUCUGCCCCGCGGACGCGCAGUAUUCUGCUGGAUGAAAAUAGUUACAUAUCCACAUUUACCCAGUUCCACAAUAAAAAAAAACACAAGUCCAGCAUACUGUCUCCCUAGAAUACGUUUUAUGCUUUUAUCAAGGAGGUCGUACACGAGGUUAGUUUAGCAGUGCCUGCUCAAAAUUCCUUUUUCUAGCAACUGAAGCUGUUUAGAUUUGGCGACUUACGGUAAUGCAAAAGUAAGUGAAAUUUUGAAGUAAAUAUCCAUUGUAAAUUGACUCCUAUUUUCACCUGUGUACUUCCUUUUCUUGGACAUACAACAUUUCACAGCCUUCUGGCUCGCCUGUAGGAAAAUCCAAGUAGGGUUGUAAAACUAAUCAGCCAACGGCAUAAUUUUAUAAUAAUUCCGUUACCGCAGGAUGUCUGCUUUUGAAAGAAUUUACUUCGGAAUGCAUGCAAAAACUACACUCUGUAAGAAAGGACUACUUAAGAAGCAUUGAUUUUCUCAUUGAUUUUCUCUGCUCCUAAAAAUGAAACCAUAUUUUAUGGAAAACAUGCAUGAAAAUAUUUAUUCUCUCGCUCAUUCUGUAGCAAAUUAUGUCUUCUUCAAAUCCUAUAUUUAAAUGAGGGAUAUAAUUUGAUUUUCAAUACCUUUUCUUAUUUCCAAAUAAUUUUGAACCCGCUCUGCCGUUACACUUGAAGUCAGGCUUUCCAAACUUAAAGCCGUGUAUUUUCCGCGUAUAGGAAACCACACAUUUCUCUACGGUUUUCAAAGGAGACCAUAUAGGGUUCAUAAAAUUUAACAUUGAAUUUGAUCCAUAUUGUAAACUUUAAAAGCCACGUUGGUAAACGCCAAGUCAUAACUUUUUAUAAACGGCCAUUUCACGGUUAUCAAAAAUCGCAUAAUAAAAAACUUUGUUAAAACCAAAUUAUCUCCUUCCUUCGGGUAUAGGAUGGGAAUAAGGCGUAAUUUUCUACCGAAUGAGCGAAACAACGAAUAUUUUCAUGCAUUGUGUCCAUGAAAUAUAAUUUGACUUUUAAGGGCAUCGAAAAUUAAUGAGAAAAAUUCAUGCUACAUCAGAAGUCAUUUUUUCCAGAGUAGUUUUUGCAUGCGGCCGGAAGGAAGUUCUCUCGAAAGCCAAUAUCCUUUGGUAACGAAAUUACUAUAAAAUUAUGCUGUAGGUUGAUUAGUUUUACAACCAUACUUAAUUAAUCUUUUUAAAACGAAAAUGCAUUUCAGAAGUUCGAUUGACAUCUCGUGAGUUAGCCUACCCACUGUAAUUCGCACGCACAGUUGUAUUUCGAUUUCUAGUCUCACAAAACAGUGUCACCACCACCACCAUCUCCACCAUUAGCAUCACUUGUGGACAUCUGCAUACCAUUCUGUUAAGCAUCACCUCACUCGACCGGCAACAAUAAUGAUUUAAUUGCAUUCUGUUCUCACUGUGUCCCUACAUUUGUAUCUUACGUAGACCUGGGAGGUCGCUGGCGAAUCCAUCACAAAAAGACCCGAAACGAAGGCGCUAGUGGUACCUGUCGCACUAGUCUUACCUACCGACACUGCUUCAGGACAUUCACACGCGACGAGAAUAAUUUUAAGUCUACGUGUAUGCACGAUAGCGACAAUCAACGCAAUUAACACGCGGCAUACACUCGAAAGCUCCUCAACCAUCGACGCAAUCCCAUCCAAACACCAGUAUCCCCACCACUAUCGGGGUCGUAGCCAAUAUAAACCCAGUAACCACAGUGCUAUCACUGAUCACGUGAGAAUUCAUAGCUGGGAGACUGAGAAACUAGGACUAGAAGCUCCUAGUCUACCUACGAAUAUCUACGGCAGCACAUAUAAACACAAGCAAUACAACACAUUACUUGCCUUCUGUAAGAUGCAUACGACUUAAUUAGUUAUCACUGUUAGGUUGGGUGAAACCCUGAGAAACUGAACCUGUACCUACCACUUAUUUGGGAGGCACACCAACUGAUGUAGCCUGGCGAGAAUGCUGCAGACCACGUUUUGUGUGGUCUUAAGGUCUGAAAGCGUGUGCUAUGCCAGCAUCAGCAACCCAUAGCCCUCGGAGUAUGCUAUGGAAUGACAGUUCUUUGACACCUGAAUCCCUGCCGGUAGAUGCGCUUGCACUCCCGCUGGGUAUACAAGUGGUGGGCAUUACUGCCUAGUCAUCAUCCUCGUCCUUCUGACCCCUGUAGGGCUGUUGCUGUUGGUGAAAAAUUCUGGUCAAGUGUAUGUUGUUAACCAAGGGGUGGGUGGGGGGUGGCACGCCUAGGUCGGGGUCCGGCCGUGCUAGCCACCUGCGUCUUAUACCGCCUCCGAUCUUCUUUACUGUGUAUUAGCACCGAGUUCAGUUGGGGAAAGGAAAAAGUGUGGUAAAUGCUGCAGAAGUCGAGUAUUAUCUGCUGCCUUCCUUGUGCUGACUGCCCGCCUGAAUAUACAGGCUAUUGCCGGAACCGGUGUGCUUCUGCGCCUUCUCCAAACCGAAAGCUCGCCUUUGAUUCUCUUGUCAUUUCUGCAGUUGGUUGAGCCGCCAUCGGGGCUGGUUAAUGUGGCUAAAAUUAAGCAUCGCUAAUAUAGAGGCAUAAAUCACAUGUGCGCAUGUCAGGCCAAAGGAAUAAUGUUGCCAGUCAAAAUAGCCGCAUACAGAGCUGAAGGGUUAGGUUUUAGGCAACGGUAGGUUGAAAGAUCCCACUUAACUGUCAGUAGACUGUGGAUUGUAUCAUAUGGAGCUUUAAAUUGUCAUUCAUCUGCAGACUUCUGCAGAUACUGCCAGCGUCAACGUGUAGGUGCUCGGACACGAUCUACAGUCUAGCGAAAGAUAAGUGGGGUCAUUCACCCUAUCUUUGCCAACUUAGAAUUUAGACUGUCCUAUUUAUCGAUCACAGCAUAUCUUCUUCUAUAUGCCAGAGAACUCUUCCAAAGGCGCAUACUCUCACCAAGUUUGAUAGAUAACAAUUAUAUUGGCUUGGUGAUUUCAAAACUGAAUACACCAAGCGGAGAUGUCGUUCCUCACGAAGCCACGUUAAAUUCAAGCCAACAACAUGCCGCGCCAAAAGUUGUGGCCCAGAAAGCCGUCUCCUCCGGCUUCUCCCGUCUUCAGCUCUGCUCUCGAGACUCAGAGGUCAGACUGUGAUGGCUGCUUCUGAAUGUAACCUUCUGCGGGCUGUUGUAGGCUAUUUUUACGGAGUGAGUACUUUCGUGAUCCUGCACCACGUCACCUAACGCCCACAGUCUCAUUUGCACACUCCCAAGUGCCAGUUAGACAGUGCGUGCGUGUGUGUUUGUAAAAUUUACUUGUUUUUCAAACUGAAGUGCUGAUUCUCAUCUAAAUCGGGUAGAACAUGAGCCAUUACUGCAUUCACAAGUUGGAGUAUCUGCGCUGAUCGUUGGUCACAAAAUCGGGGUAGUUUAUGCACGGUCAUUGGUUAUCACUUUGGGGGGCCAUUAUCAUCCCGCUGGGUAUACAGGUGUUGGGCAUGGCUGCCUAGUUAUCCUCGUCGCUCUGACGCCUCUUGGGGUGUUGUUAGAGGUGAAGAGUCUUGGUUAGGUUUAUGUAGUCGACCAGGGGUUUGGCGGCACGCCUAGGUGAGGGCCCGCCCGCGCCAGCUACCAGCGUCCUCCCGCCGUCGGUCUUCUUGACUCUGUCUUGACACGCGGUCCAGGUAGAGGAAGAGGAAAGAGUGCGGUUGCUGCUCCGCAUGCCUACAUUCGCCAUAAAGUAAUGAAUGUCACUGUUUCUGCGUCAUCUUUCAGCGGAUCACACAUUGGACAUCGUCGGCAACGACGGUUGAGCUGUCAGUUAACCAUCAAUUUAUUUCUACUGGUCGUUACCUCCUUCUCCAUCCUCUAGUUUUCCUCCCUCUCCUCCUCUUGAUGGUACUUAUAAUGAUGACGAUGGGGAUUGCUGGCGACAAUUAGUUAUUCGUCUUUAUUUUGGAACGAACUUUCAACCGAUCCUUGCAACGAGCACCGUUCCUGAUGAAUAGGGAAAGCGUUGUGAUAAAGAGAAUGGGACGCGUGGGUCAUUAACCACAACUUUUCUGUUUCUUUAAAAACGGAAAUUGUCAGACAUAAGUGGAAGCAUAAUAUUCAGGUCGGACGUACAAAUUGUCUGUAAAGACGCAUGCCCAGUUUUCCUCCAUUUUCUACUGUUGUCUAUACCCCCACUUUCUGGGUCAAGGGAUAGCCUGUCUGCGUUUAACAGUACAGUGAGUGACCGAUCUCAUCAAAUGUUGGCUGAAAUUCUGAAAUACGUCUUCGUUUAGGAAGGACUACUUAGAUGUUAUUCUGAUACUGAGUAUCUUGCGGCAAAAUCCCGUAAUGUUUCUAACUCGGCAGAAUGUCGGCUUUUGAGUACAUUGUUUUAAUCUCCUGUAGAAAGCCUUCUCGGUAAAAAUUUAUUCUUAGGUAGCACGCAUUUUUCCAAUUGAUUUUCUAUGGCCUUGCAAAUUCAAAUAUAUUUUUCUGGAAGCCACGUGCAAAAAUAGGUUUUUUCAGUCGUUUGAUAAAUAGUCACGUCAUCUUUAUAUUUUAUAUAUAAAAAAGGAGUGUACCAAGGUUUUAAAAUGUUUACGAAUUCCCGAAUAAUUUAGAACCUAAUUAGCCGUUUCAUAAGCACUAAGUCAUUUUAGUCUACAAGGUGCGUGCGUUACAUGUAAGGUAAAUCAUACAUUCUUCUAUGUCUUUAGAAAUAUACCAUAUAGAGUCCAGAAAAUUUUGCAAUGGACUGUGUUGCAUUCUUCAAAAGAAGCAGCGAUAAACGGACAGGUACGAUGCCAUAUGAAUGGACAUUGCGCGGUCUAAAAAUUCCCAUAAAUAAAAAAAGCUUUUUUUAAACCUAGUCAUACUCCUUCUUCAAAUAUAAAAUAUAAAGAUGACGUAAUUCUCUAUCAAACGACUAAACGUGUAUUGUUACUCGAGGUUUCUAUAAAAUAUAUUUGAAUUUCCAAGACCAUCGAAAAUCAGUGGGAAGGUGCAUGUCACCGCUCUCUGGAUAAAAAGGAUAUCCUGUCUACGUUCAGCAUAGGGCCUGAACAGUGGAGCGCCACCCAGAAAAAUCUGUUUUUCUCUGCGGUAUUCUCGAAGGCCUGAUUAAUGAGUUUACCCAUUGAUUAAUUCAGAAUGAGUAGUAAUCUAUGCUGAAAGAAAGUUUCCGAUCCUCCGUUCAACCCAGUAUCAGAGGCAGUAGCAGAUGUGUGCGAUGGGCGCACGGGCGGUGGGGGGGGGAAUAAUUAAAGGAUACAUUUGCCCUGCCAUCACAUGUAUAUUAUAAUUACUAACUGCAGCAUUGGUCACUGAUAGUGGUUAAUGGUGUAAGGAUUACUUGAUCUACCAGAUCCCAGUCAGCAUUUGCAUAAUUUUAUCACCGAUGACAGGAUAACUACAUUAGAUUUACAGAGCGUGACCUAACUCAUGCAAGAUGUUAAAAUUUACGAAUGAUUGCCAGUCUUUUGCAAAUCGGCAACAUUUCAUGAAUAAAAUUCCCAUGUUAAUAACGUACAAGUCUUAAAGAGUGAAAAAGAGUGAAAAGAAAUAUCUACGGCAGUGUUGCGUUGCUUCAAAAUGCCGAUUUCUUUGGAACAGCUUAAUGCCUUCAGAACGUCAGAAAUAGCUGUAAUUUAGCCAAAUUCGUUUUUAGAUGUACGGCAUGGAUUCUCAUACCAAAAACAUAGUAAAUAUUCAAGUGCAAAUAAAAUAACACAUGAUAAUAUAUUUUGAUAGAAGUGUACAUCUAAAUAUCGUUAAAAAACUACUGUGAUUUCAUGUAUGCUGGCUUGCAACCAGAUUCGAGUAUAAAUUCAAAAACAGGUUUCCGGAGAUUCGUAUUAUUGACUUGUUUGAGUUGAAUAAGGCGGGGUUUAACAAUAAAAGCGGGAUUUUGCUUGAAUUUACCGGUGGAGACGUUGUACGAACACAGGAUUUCAUAAGGCGACAUGUUGUUAUGCUGAUAGACGCCUAACAGAUUUAAACAGAACCGACAGGCAUGAAAUUCGAAGAAGACGUGAUUUUCUACCGAAGAGGUAAAAAAAUGAAUAUUUUUAUGCAUGCUUUCCAUGAAAUAUAAUUAAAGUUUCAAGGGCAUCGAAGCUCAAUGAGACAAUUGCAAGCUAAUUAAGAAGUCAUUUUUUGCAGAGUAUAGAUCUUGCAUGCAGCCGAAAAUAAAUUUGUUCGAAAGCCGAUACCCUGAGGUAACGAAAGCAUUAAAGACUUAUGCUGCAUCAUGAUUAAUUCUACAUUUUACUUAAUUUAUCUUUUCGAAACGAGAACGCAUUUCGAAAUUUUGUUUGAAAUUUCAUGAAUUAGACAUCUACUGGACAUUCAUUGUAAAACUGUGCAAUGGGUGUAAGCCAGAUAGUUCACCAACUGCGACGAUCCCGGAUGAAGGGGGAGCCAUGAAUGUUCAUAGGUAUGCGGUAGCAUGGCUACUGCAUCCUAUAAAUACCGCAGCCCCUUGUGCAAAAACCACCCGUUUCUGCUUUUUUGUCUCUGAUGAUGGAUUCGAGUAGGAAUCCGAAACGUCAGGCUAAUAAAGCUCUUGUCCCAGCGAUCGUGUCUCCCUCAUCAAGACUACUUCCUGGGACUCGUCUCUUCGCUUCUAUUGGCAAAUCGAUUAGUAAUUCACGAACCCACGCAUUUAUCAACCAUAUCUGCACUGUUUCGGGUAAUGCGCUCGAGUAAGAACUCGAAACGCCAUGCGAUUUUUAUUCUUUUUUGGCAAUUGCAUCUUUUUUGUCCCUUCUUUCUCGCUUAUUUUUAUUUUUCUCCUUCUCAACUACUUUUUGAAACCCGGGUUUGCCUUCCAUGUGCAUUUUGUAUCUGUUCAGUAGUUCCUCUACAGAACGACUGGUCAGCAAAAUACCAUCCAAUCACUCGACUCCUCCUCCCACGAAGUGUGCGGGAACUGUAUUGACUGCAUGCUAGACAGUGUCAGUUUUUGGUAUGGUGUCAAAAUUUAAGCAUGCGCCUUGCUAUACAACUUUUCAAACUGUUAACUCCAGCAGUCUUUAUAAGCUGUAGUUGAAUUCAAAAAUUUAAAUGUGUGACUGAAAGACACACCUUCCCUUUGCACAUGCAGAAACCCAUCAACAACCCCAGCCUCUCGGUAGUUCGUGCCAGCAUGUCCGUCUGUGCGGCGGGGAGAGCCAAUUCAUACACGACGAUGAUCAUUGUAAAGAGCGCGCUCGCUAACUCUGCGCGACGCCGACAGUUGCGCGAGGUCAUUCAUCGACAGGCUGAGACAAUCAAUGCCACUGUGGGCCUCCUCUUCAGUCUAGGGCUUCCCGUGAAUGGCCAAAUGCCGCCCGGACUGCUCAGUGAGAUCUCGCAAUUCGAUGACAUUCUGCUGGCAAGUUACGCCGACACUUACCUAAAUCUGACCCUUAAGACGAUCACCAAUCUGCGCUAUGUUCAUCACCACUGUCUGCACACCAGUCCCUCAUUCGUCUUCCUCGACGACGACCAUGGAAUCAAUGUGACACAACUGCACCAGGUUUUCUCAAAGUUCUCACUGCCCGAAGUCCGUGGAAGCAUCUUCGGCUCAAUUAACUCUAGGAGAGCGGUGGUUCGAAACACUGGGUCAAAAUGGUUCACGGGGACUGCAGACUAUCCGUUCCCACAUUAUCCAGAUUAUCCGAUUGGUCCCUGCUACAUCAUUAGCGCCGAUCUGAUUCCCAAACUCUCCGUUGCCGCAGCCUUCACGCGCCCCCUGCCCAAUGAGGACGUCUAUGUGGGCGUGAUGUUGAUGAAGCUGGGAGUUAAGAUUCAUCCUCUGUCCAAUAUGUUCGUGCACAUGUUUGGCUUUACUCCCAGUGCAGUACCCUUAGUAGGAGGACUGGAUUUUUUUGUGAAGGCCCUUAAAAUCUAA